GAGCACCUGACAUGACGUCACCGCGCUGUGAACCAGGAUCACGGUGAUCACAAGUUGACAGUCGCUUUAAUUUACUAUGAGCUGAUUCAGAGUCAGUCAGUGCUGCAGCUGUGAGGUAGUGAAGCGCCGAGUACCAGCAGGCUGCAUUUGACCGAACCAGGACCCGGACCCGGACCCGCUCUGGUCACGCGCCAAAAAUUCUAUCGUCUUGACAACGGACACAAGCGAGUUUCAGCUUUUUCUGGGUUGAGCUCAUGGAGGCUGCAGCUGGACGACGGGGACGGGACGGCGGGAGCCAGAGGCGCUCCCCUCUCGACGUCAUCAUGAGCCAGAUCCGCAGGAAGCGCACGGCCUCGGACAGGAAGCCGCUGAGGCGCUUCCUGUCCCAGCCCUCGGAGCAGUCGGACAUCCCCGAGGACCGAGAGCCGGAGGCCCGGGAGGACAGAGCCAGGGGUCCAGAGGCGGCGGGCGAGCGAGAGCCCGGCUGGGGCCGGGUGUGCGUCUUCCUGCAGAGGCUGGGGAGGACGGUGGACGGCCGGAGCCUGAGCCUGGCCCACUGCGACCUGACGGCGACAGACCUGCUGGAGCUGGCCACGCUGCUCCGCUGGCUGCCUCGGCUGGAGGAGCUGCACCUGUCCUGGAACGAGCUGAUUGGCGGCUGCCUCCGCGCGCUCGCGGCUCACCUGCACCACGUCGGGGGAGUCCGGACGCUGAGGCUCUGCGGCUGUCGGCUCAGCGCCGGCGACGUGGCGGCCGUGGGUGACGCUCUGAGCUGCGUUCCUCUGCUGGACGUCCUCGACCUGUCCUGGAACCCUGGUGCGGGUGGAGGACUGAGCGGCCUGCUGGGGAACCUCCGUCCGCCGCUGAGGGAGCUCCACCUGGUGGCCUGUGAGCUGACGGCGGCCGCCGCCGCCGCUCUGGGAGAGGCGGCGGCGGCGCUGCCCACGCUCUGUGUGCUGGACGUGUCCUGCAACCCGCAGCUCACGCAGGGGGCGGAUGCAGGCGGCUUCCGGGAGCUGGCGAGCGGCCUCGCUGGAGCCGCGGCCCUGACCACGCUGCGCUUGCAGGCCUGCGGUCUGACGCCAGGCUGCCUCCACGCCCUCGGUAGGACGCGCGCUGACACUGUGGCGCCAGCGGCUGCAGCUCCUUCAUGGUCUCGUGUGUCGGCGGCAGGCGCUUCGCUCCACGGCCUCUCAUCAAUGCGAGAGUUGGACCUGUCCUGCAACAGAGGCGUGGCUGGAGGACUGAGGAGCUUCACCCUGCACCUGUCUCACCUCAUGCACCUGGAGAGCCUGGACCUUCACCAGUGCUCCCUCACACGGGACGACCUGGAGGCGCUGGUCCAGGUGCUGCCCUCCCUGACGGCGCUGGUUCAGCUCGACGUGUCGUCCAAUAAGGAGGCAGGAGGCGUCGUCCACCAGCUGGUGUCCGUCCUCCCUCUGGCCCAGAUGAGGCGGCUGCCGCUCAACGGCUGCAGCCUGGACCCGGAGUCGUACGCGGCUUUAGCUCUGGCAGCGCCGCACCUCCGAGCCGUGGACGUCUCCUGGUGCAAAGUGGUCGGCGGGCGCUCGGCGCUGCUGCUGGACGCUCUGCAGACGUCCGUCAUCCUGGAGCUCCGUCUCAGCAGCUGCGAGCUCAAAACCGAGGACGCACAUCACCUGGCUGCAGGGUGCCGGCGAGGCUGUCUGUCCUCGCUGCGGGUGCUGGACGUCUCCUACAACGGCGCCGUGGCUGCCGACGGCUGGGCCGCUGUGUUCGCAGCGGGAGGUCUGGGCUCUCUGGAGGAAGUGGACCUCAGCCUGCGACCUUCGACCUCCGCCCCCUGCGCCGCCUGGCUCCCAGACCUGGUCCACGCUCUGCCCCGCCUGGCGGCGCUGAGUCGGCUGGCGGCGCAGCGGUGGAGCAUCAGCGCUAAGGAUCGGCAUCAGCUGCACCACUCGCUGAGGAGGAGGAGUGUCCUGCUGGAGUGGGACCCCGACAUUAAAGACGCAACGUCAGCCUCGGGAGAGAGCAGUUAAAGCCACCGGUGGCAUUUAUACCCGCUCCAGUCCGACCACCGUCGUCAGCAUCUCCGCUGUUUAAAUUGUUAAAUUCAGGAAGCACACAUUGAUGCUUGAAUCAUUCUCAGGGUAAAAAUGUUUAUUGUGGAGGUGGAUUUGAUUAAAAGAAUUUCACACAGUU